CCUUUACUUAUCCUUAUCAUCAUCACCGUUGAUAAGAAAAACCAACCAGAAUCAAAUGCACAAAAACCAUAAGCCUUACCCCAUGGAAUCACCCCACACAAAGUAACUCUCAUAAGAAACGGCUCUUUCGGACGCUACAACGUUGGCGAAGCUAGAACAACCCAUAACAAGUGGCGGUUAAGUCUUGUUAGCGCCAAGUCAUCAUAUCUUGGUCGACUCAACUUAGUUCCUCUUAGAAACUCAGCCAUGGCGUCUCUUCACACGACGAUAUCUCCUCAAAGCCUCCUUUCUUUAUCAAAACCUCGAAAACCCAUUUCAAGACAGGCCUCUGCUUCAUCAUUAACCAGCUCAAAACCCCCCGAGGGUUUUACUUUCUCGAGAGAUACACAAAAGAAGAAGAACAACAAAAGGGUCAACUCGGUGGUGGUGAACUCAUUAGCUGAGGAGCUUGACGUGAUACCAGUACAAAGUGAGGAUGUUACUGACAUGCAAGAAGGAGUUACGGUGAGUCAGGUGGAGAGAGAAGCAGCAGGAGGAGGCGAGUUAGUGAGUCAAGUAGGUGGGUUUGGUAAGGAAGGAAGGUUAUCUUUCGAAGGAUUUUCUUCUUCCGCUUCAGCUUCAGCUUCAAGGAGUGGGUUUGGAGAUGAAGAAGGAGGUCAGGAGGAAAUGGACAGGCUUAUAGAUAAAACUAUUAAUGCUACUAUUGUUCUUGCUGUUGGUACUUUUGCCAUCACCAAGUUGCUUACGAUUGAUCAUGAUUAUUGGCAGGGGUGGACUCUUUAUGAGAUACUAAGAUAUGCACCUCAACACAACUGGGGUGCUUACGAGGAAGUUUUGAAGACAAAUCCUGUUUCAGCAAAAAUGGUUAUCAGUGGAGUUGUCUAUUCUCUAGGAGAUUGGAUUGCACAGUGCUUUGAAGGGAAACCUCUCCUCGAGUUUGAUCGUACGCGAAUGUUCAGAUCUGGCCUUGUUGGCUUUACUCUACAUGGUUCCAUGUCUCAUUAUUAUUACCAAUUCUGUGAGGAUAUUUUUCCUUUCCAAGACUUGUGGGUGGUUCCUGCAAAAGUAGUAUUUGACCAAACUGCAUGGGCAGCAGUUUGGAAUAGCAUUUACUUUGCAGUUUUGGGGUUCCUGCGUCUUGAAUCUCCAGUCAGUAUUUUUAAUGAAUUGAAGGCAACAUUCUGGCCCAUGCUGACUGCUGGAUGGAAGCUGUGGCCAUUUGCUCAUCUUAUCACUUAUGGUGUUAUCCCAGUAGAACAAAGACUUUUUUGGGUGGACUGUGUUGAACUUAUUUGGGUGACGAUUCUCUCAACUUAUUCGAAUGAAAAAUCGGAAGCAAGGAUAUUCGAGGCAGUGCCAGCAGAAGCAAAUUCAAGUUUGCCACCAGCUGGUCCAUCUGAGGAAUAAGUAAAUAACAAGAUAAGCUAAGAUGGAAAAAAAGGAGGGUAUCUGGGAUUGACACAUUAGAGUUGAACUCCAUUCUGAGGUGCAUAAUCACUUGCCAAAAGCAAUGGUGAAACGAGACUUGAGAGGCUGAUCAUCGUAUGUAUUGCUCAAACCGAAAAUUACAUAUGUAUGCUACGUGAAACCAGCUUCUUUUGAUUGUAUGUACAAAACAUCGUAUACCUUUCAAGACAUCCUGACCACUAACUGUGGAAAUAUCAUGGUAUAGUGCUAGAAACUUUCUAUUACAAUUGCUUUCCACUGAUAAAUCUUAAUAGGUUUCCGUCACAAGCAAUUCUGAAUGGUCUCUAGGGAAACAAAUGACAUUAGCCACCACAUAUAAAUAGUGGAUCUGUAUCAGAAGCAUUCGCAAUAGCAGUCAGAAUGUAGUUUGGAGCCCUUACCCCUGGUAAACAAGCCUUGCCAAUGGAAUUCCAAUGCAUCCAUUCACCAUAUAAGAACAGGAAUGGGCUGAUGGAGGGAAAUGACUCCUGGAAAACAAAUUUGAAGUUGAUAUUUCAGUUUCGUCAAGCUUUAUAUUAGAAAGAAAAUUCUCAUAUUAAGGCAAAUGUUGUGAACAAAAGUCCCUUUUAGCAUGAACAUGUGCAAAGUGAACUAUAGACAAACUUUGUCAAGGUUAAUAUAAAGACACAAGAAAGUGUAGAUAUCAAUAGAUCUUACAAUUAGUGUAUUUGUAUUAUAUUCAUCUAUUGUCAAACACGUGUAAAAUAUAAAAAAUUUCAUGUCAAAUUCAUAUUGAUACAUCAAAUAUAGAUCAUAUUUUUUAUAUUUUU